GAGAGAGAGAGAGAGAGAGAGAGUUGUGGACGACGACUUCUCCUCUUCAGCGAGCACCGUCGGAUUGGAGCGCAACACAUUUGGAUGCAUGAUGAUAUUAUGAAAAGUGAAAGGACACACAAAGAUCGAGCAAUGAUGCCAUCGCUUAGCACCGCGGGGGCGCGACUCCGCAGGGCAGCGGAAGAGGAAAGCAAAGAGCCCCCGCCGCCCCCGCCGCCCUCGCAUCACUCCAACCAUCAGUUUGCAAGCAUGAAGAACAAGUUCUUCAACGAGCUCACCCACUUGGCCAACCAUAAACAGAAUAUGCCCAUGUGGGCAGUGGGCGCCAUUGUGGUGGUCGUCCUCGCCCUCAUCGCCUGUAUGGGAUUCUGCAUCUACAAGAAGUGCAUCCACAAAGGCAAGAAGCCCAAGAAGGUGAGAGAAAGGAGGGCUGGGCGAGGAGGCAAGAAGAAGGAAAAGGAAGGAGAGGAGGGCGAUGAAAAGAAGGAAGGAGAGGAAGGGAAAGAAGAGGAGGAGAAAGAGAACUUUGGCAAACUGGAGUACACGUUGGACUACAACUUCACCGAUAACCAGCUGAUCGUGGGGAUCCUGCAGGCUCAGGACCUGGCAGCCAUGGACAUGGGCGGAACUUCAGACCCGUACGUUAAAGUCUACAUGCUGCCUGACAAGAAGAAAAAGUUUGAGACCAAAGUCCAGCGCAAGAACCUCUGUCCUGUUUUCAAUGAGACCUUCAUCUUCAAGAUACCCUACACCGAGUUGGGCGGUCAGACGCUGGUGCUUCAGGUUUUCGACUUCGACCGCUUCGGCAAACAUGACGUCAUCGGUCAGAUCAAAAUUCCCAUGAACACCGUGGACCUCGGACAACCGAUGCACGAAUGGAGGGAUCUGAUUGGAGGAGAGAAAGAGGAGCAAGAGAAGCUCGGAGACAUCUGCAUUUCCCUUCGCUACGUCCCCACGGCUGGCAAGCUAACCGUUAACGUCAUGGAAGCCAAGAACUUGAAGAAGAUGGAUGUCGGAGGACUGUCGGAUCCCUUUGUGAAAGUGGUGCUCCAGCACAACGGGAAGCGCCUGAAGAAGAAGAAGACGUCAGUGAAGCAAAACACUCUGAAUCCGUACUUCAAUGAGAGCUUCAGCUUCGAGAUUCCCUUCUCCCAGAUCCAGAAAGUCCAGGUGAUCAUCACGGUGUACGACUACGACAAACUGGGCAGCAACGACCCCAUCGGCAAGUGCUGGAUCGGUUACGGCGCCUCGGGCGUCGGACUGCGCCACUGGUCCGACAUGUUGGCCAAUCCGCGUCGUCCGGUGGCUCAGUGGCACGUGCUGCUGCCGGAGGAGGAGGUGGACGCCGCUCUCAAGGCUCCCGUCCGCUAAGCCCGACCUACGAGACCGCACGUUGACACCGACUCGUUGACGUACGGCGGCUCGCGGAAGUAGCUCGAACGUUUUUGUCCCGUUACAACCCCAAACGCAAAUGGCAUUUAUUGUGAUUUCAUCCUCAUUGUUCUUUGAACUUGCAUAACAGUGACAGACACUUUACAACUUUACAAUGGUUGACAUUUGACAAAGACAACCUUGAACGUACUUUAUUCCGCAGAGCUGCGCAUCCUUUUUCGUGUAAUACCCGUCUUGAUUUUGUCAAGGCGGGAAUCAUUUUAGUAUUGUGAAUUUGUAGUCUGUUUUGAAGAAAUGCAACAACACCUUCGUACCGUGAUUCUUUCGUCUUUGCAAAAGAGUUUUAGCUUUUCGUGUGUGCGUGUGUGUGUGUGCGUGUAUUGUUAAAAAAAAAAAUGCAGAUGUAUUGGUCUAAUUAUCGGAAAUUCAACAUCACGUGUGAAUUUACAAGUCAAAAUAGGAGACAAAACUGCAUCAGCGCAAUCUCGUAGUCUCACUUUUGAGCCCUGCGCGGGAAAAGUGUUUAGUGACAUAUUUUUAUGGUUUCGCUUUCUUUGUGCGUGAACAAGAAAAUAUACGUGAUCGUGUGCGCAUGUGUAAUGUGAUAUACAUGUAAGUAAAACGUGAAUAAAUGGAAUAUUUCGGACAAAUCCAGUGA